AUGGCGCAUCAUCAGCCGACAAAUGUAGAGGUGGAAAACAAGGUGGCCUUCUUCGUUCAACUCAACGCCGUGCUCACGCGGAUCAGCUCUGUGGUGAGCAGCGAUGCCCUCAGCAGUGCGCAGAAGGCAAAGCUGGGCGACGUGCGUAGCGCCACCGAGGCAUGGAUAAAGGGCAUCGGGGUUAUUGGUGCACCACGCCCCUUCAUCGCCGCGGCCCCACCACGACCACCACCACCGUCGCUGCGCUCAUCGGUAACGGAGACCCCUGCAGCAGCACCGACCCAGGCACCCGAAGCACCAGCGGCAGAACAAGCGACGGCAGCAACGUCAUCGGCUGCAGAUCACCCUGCACGUGCAUCGGCGUUGCCGGCUGCACCUGGAGGAUCCACCAUCACCGUUGACGUCACCACCUCGACGCAUGAGCUGGCAGAUGGGCGCAAUCUGGUAGACCUUGUGACCUACCUGCGACUGCUCUUCGAUAGUGACGUACCGGAGCGGGCGAAGCUGCAGGAGCUUGGAAAAAGUCUUGUGCGCCUGUUGAUGGUGCGGUGCUGCUCGACGAUUAUGGCCUCUCUCCAGCACAUCGUGCACCACACGUAUACGGGCACCAACACCACCGCCGAGGAAGAUGGCGAUGCAGGGGCGGCUCUGUCGGCGCUCUUCGUGCAGCUUGCAAAGGAAAUCGACGUGGCCACGAAGGCUCUGCUCGGCUGUGUUCGACUCAUCACCUCCAGCGCCGUCCUGUCAGAGGCGGCCACUGCCCGCUUUCCUCUGCAGCUGUGUGUCCACGUGGUGAAGCAGACCCGUCGCGCACAGGUGUACUUUCAAUCACGCGUAGAGAGGGAGGAGAUGUACCUGCUGCGCACCUUCGUCACGUCCUCCGACAGCGCGGCGAAAUCGGCGGAGGGGUCAUUGGAGGACGUGGACGCGGUGCACGACGCCCUUGAGGGCGUAUCGCCCGAGCGCGUGGCGGCGCACGUGCUGCGCCGCGUUGAAGCUCUGCGGCGGCGGUGGGGCCCAUCUCUGGUGCAGAGCGUCCGCAACAUCGGCGACGUCAUCGAGCCAUCUGUGAAGUUUCUGGCGACAGUUGCCGCCGUCCCUGCCGAGGGGGCACCGACGCCUCUUGUGGCACUCAAGGAGGACGCCGCCACCGACCUCUUUUCGCUCUGCGAGCCCGUGACAGCGGCGGCGGGCGGGCAGGCCAGUCUUGCCAAGUCGGUCUCCACAUGUGACUCGCCAUCUGUCGUGGCGGUGCCCGUUAGUGUGACCAGCACUACGCCACUGGCGUGGCGAGCGGCGGCGGGCGAGGUGCUCAUCCGCCUCGGCAGCAGCUUCUCCGCCGACUACCUCGCUGCCGUGGCGGCGUGCUGCGGGGACAGCAACGAAGGCGAGCUUCUCGCUACUCGGCUUCUCACAGACAUGCUGCAGCGCGCCGCUGCGCACGACUUGCCACUUCUGCGGUGUGUGCUGAUGGACGGUCGGUGGCACCGGGCCUUGUACGGCGGAAUCCUCAACUGCGUCUCCUCUAUCCAGCCGGCAGUGUUGACUGCCGGGCUGGACGCGCUCGGGCUGCUAACCACCGCCUGCCCACUGGUGAUUGGUCGGGAGGUGGGUCUACUUUACAGCAACGUUGUGCUGCGUCUGCUGGAGUCUUCGAAUACCCCGCAUUAUGUGAAGCGCACGAUUGUGCUUCACUUUGUCACAACCUUAAUGGGCAGCGGCAGCACUCUCCCCGCCGACGGCGGCGGUGGCGGCGCAGUUCCUCUCAUCCUCCACCUGUACCGGCUGUACGACCUCAAUGUGCACGCCCAUCAACUUAACCUCAUGCAGCAGCUCACCAGCGCCCUCUCCCGAAUCGUCCGGUCCGCGCCAAAGGAGGAGUUCAUGCAAGACACCGCCGUGCAGGAGCAGCUGCACAUCCAGCAGGAAGCGGCGCUAAGUGCAGCGAUGACGGCGCCCACUUCGGCGGCUGCGGCUCAGUCGGAUGGGGCACAGCAUCGUGCUGAAGUUGCGAACGGCACCACGUCCUCGGUGCCGUCCUCGCUGGCUGCGGUCGCCAUCAACCCGGCCUCGCUCUCACUCCCUGCCAUGGCGCUACACGGACUCGUCCGGAUCGUCGAACUCCUGACGACGCAGACGCCUCCCGAGGAGGAGAGCGGCAAGGAUGUGCUCGCCUCGCUGCCUGCCAUGACGUGUCGCGAGUCGAAGCUCAAGGAGCAGCAGGAGGUCGACCGCUUCAACGCCGCGCCCAAGAAAGCGAUCUACAAGCUCUUCAACGUAACGGCCGAGGAGAACACAAUUCCUGCCUCGCACGCCGACUUCAGCAGCCAGUGGGAGCACACGCUGCUCCCACCGCUUACGUCCGCUGCCGCGGCGAAGGUGGAGGCCGUCGCCGACUUUCUCAACCAGGUCAGCUCCCUCAACCCCGAGGCGGUGACCGAGUUCCUGACGUCGCCGGAGGUGUUUCCGCUGCAAGUCUGCACAACCUACUUGCGGCGCCUGCCACUGGCCGGGUGCAGUGUACUGGAGGCCAUCAGCGAGCUCCUCAUGCGGGUGCAGCUGCCCAAGGAGGGACAGCGCAUCGAACGGCUGCUCGAGUACUUCUCCGCCGCUUACUACGAGGCGAACCGCGGAUACGGCAUCGACAGCGACGUCUUCCCGUUUAAGAGCGACACGGCGGUGUUCAUCGUCGUCGUCGCCACGGUGAUGCUCAACACCAACAUCCACAACCCUUCCGCAGGGAUGCGGUUAGAUGUGAAUGCGUUCCGCGGCCAGCUGCGCCGCUGCAACGACGACGAGAGCUUCGCCGACAGCUUCGUGGACGAUAUUUUCUACCGCAUCAGCACGCACCCGCUCGAGAGCAUCAAGAGCAUUGCCGCCGACGCGACCGCGACCACCGACAGCACCAACCGCGGGUCCUUCGACAUUUUCUUUGUAUCGCAGGAGGAGAAGCGGCAGCUGGCCUUUGGGGUGGAGCGGCAGCGCAUGGUGAGCGAGACGCGGCAGCUGCUGAAGCUGCGCACCCAGCAGGAGUCGCUCGCGCCUUCCCCGGACGGGUGGUGGUGCGCCGUAGCCAAAGAUUUCUUCCUCAGCACCUGGUCCUCAGUGUGCGCCGUCUUCGGCCCUGCCAUGUAUGAGGGUACCACUGCGGCGCCGUCGGAUGUCCUGCUGCAGUGUGUACGGGGGCUGCAGUCACUGCUGCGCAUGGCAGCCGCGUUCGACCUGCCAACGGAGUGCACCGUUACGCUGCUCACGCUGCUCCGCAUGGCGGAUGCGACGCCGGUGAGGGAGCAUUGCCGGCGGGCGGUGUUGGUGGUGGCCGCCACCACAUACGCCGUGAACUUUCCGGUAAGAUGCUGGGUUGCGGUAUGCCAAAUCAUACUGGAGGUGCGCCGUACCGCGGCGGCGGCGACCCCGCCCCUCGUCGAAGAUGUCUUCACACGGAUCGAGGGCAUCACGCGUCUCAGCGUCGAGACUGAAGGGAGGCGAGCGGCCGACGACUCCGCGCCGAAGACAGACGGGCUCACGGAGGCAAUUCAGCGCGUCAUGGAAGGAAUCAUGACUACCAUCAGCGGCUACGCUGUCGGCGACGUGGCGAACCUCUCCUCCGCGCUGGCGGUGCUGCGUCGGGCCCUCGAGUACACGCGUAUUGUGCACGCGAAGCGGACAACGGACAUUGUGUACUUCGUAAACGUGCGCGACCUCACUGCGGUGGUGGCGCCGGCCUACGUGGAGCUCAUGAAGAAGCACAGCUCCAGCGACGACGGACUGCAGGUGCUCUUUGAGUGCUUGGUGGACUUGCUGUGCACGAUGUGGGUGUCUUACUCGACUAGCCGGGUCAUGGUCCCGGGACCGGCGGCGGCGGCAGCGGGAAAGACAGAGACGGCAGAGACACUGACGGUGGAUACCGCCCCAGUCGAAUUUGUACAAAGCUUCCGCUUCCUGCGCAGCAUCUAUGACAUGACACUCGCGUCCGCCUCUGACGGAGCCGCGACGCUGCUGCAGAUGCACACGCUGCAAGCCAUCAAGGAGGUACUGUCGCGCACAGUACGCAUGGCAGAGGUGACGGGUGCGGGCCAGCGCCUCUCCCUCUACACCAUGAUGGCGUCGUGGCAAGAGGUGCUGUACCCGCUCGCCGUGGCGUUGUGCGACCGUAACAGCACUGCCGUCGAGGCAGGCAGUCUCGCCCUGUUGGUGCUGCGCAAGUUGGUUGCGCUCUGCGGCGGCACCGGCACCGCAUCCUCCGAUCGACUUCCGGGGCCGGUGCGCGCCGCACUGCUGUGGUUGCUGGCUCAGCUCGCCUACAUGGGCGGUAUGUGCGGAGAUGCGGACAGCGCUCAAGUGUGUGUGGCACUCCUGAGCAGCAUCUGCACGACCACAGUGGCAAUGUCCGUGACAGCCGCGUCGUCAUCAUCGCCGGGGUGUAGCAGCGCCGGUCCGGCCUCGCCGGUGACCGCCGUGGCGGACCUGAGCACCUUUGCGCGGCUGAUGGAGAAGCGCAACGCGCUAACACAGCAGGUGGUGACGUCCAUUGAAAAUAACCCGCACCAUGUCGUCCAGUGCACGCUAGCCCGGCUGUGUUUGCUGCUGCGGUGCGAGCGAGAACAGACGCGUGCAGAGGUGAUGCACCAGCUGCGCACCCUCUCGCUGCAGAUGCGGCCGGCUCAGCUGUGCCCCAUGGCGUUGGACUUGGCGGAGGUUGUGCUAGAGGGCACCAUCGGGCACGCCGAAGACCACCGCGAGACGCCACCGACGCAGUCAAGCCUUAUCCCCUUUCUCUUCUUCCAGAUGCCGGUGCCGGCGUCGAUGCGACGGUGCUCGCGGACGUCGUUCCGGGCCACCGUGCCAGCCGCGCUCGGGUUCUUGGCCAACGAGCUGCUCACCAGCCUCAGUGGGGACGACCUGGCAACGGCUGCCGAGUCGGUCAUGCGCCGCUGCCUCCUGCCGGUCCUCAUCAGCCCCAAUAGUCCCCAUCAGUGCCGUUUCAUCGCCGUCCGCUCGCUCUCCCAGUGCGUCUCCGUCUGCCUACCGCAGAGGAGCGCUGCGCCGUCCCCGCAGCUGGCGCAGUGCGUGCUGGACUGCUUGGCGAUGGCGCUGUACGCGGUGCGUGUCCCACUCACCUCCGUGGUGUCUCCCGACACCAGCUUCGUGGGUCGGCGCUGGCUGGACGCGCCGGCGACCAACUCUGCGUCAGGAUGGGCAGCCUACUGUGCUCAGGCUACUCACACGGUGGAGCUGAUGGACCGGGCAGAGCCGCAGUGGCUCGUGCGCGGGUCGGCUGCAGGAGCGGCGCCAAGUACGUUGACAGCAACGGCAACAGAAGAGCGGGAUGGCGCGACCGCUACCCCGACAUUGAGUCGCGGUGGUUGCGCCACCAGGGAAGAGACCCAUCGCACCGGCGGCGCCGCCUUUGUCCCAGACGAGGCCCUCAUCGAGUAUGUGAACCUGCUUGCCCAAAUGUUGGCCGGUGUGCCGAAAGAGCUGCAGGGCGUGGUCACGAACGCCGCCGCUGCUGGCAGCGCCACACCGUCUGCCGGUGCGGCGGCGGUGCCGGACGUGAACACGGAUGACUGGAAGCUACCCCGGGCCUCUGUCAUGGUGCUACUGCAGCUGUGCCUUGAGGCCGGCGGCACGCUCUUCGCCGUGCUGUGGCGGAUUAAUCACCCGCACGAGGUGGAGCAGUACGCGCUGCAGUCGGUGGAGUCGAGACGAGAGGCGCUAGCGUACACCAGAAACAGCGGGCUACUGCCGCACGCGGCGAUACGCAGCGUCCUACAGUGCUGCCUGAAAUUGGCCAUGCUGUCCACCGAGUACCCCUCUGCCGAGCUGCUGGAGGUCACCACGGACAUCAUCGAGGGAAUUCGGCAGGUGCAGGCCGCCACCCACGCCGCCGCGCCGUCGCCAUCGACGCCGUCCUUGGCAGCCGGCGGCGGUGCCGGGGCUGUGACGGCGGGGGCGAGCAGCACCUCCCUCGCUGCCGACGGUGCCUCGCUCCAGCGAUUUCCGCCGCAAGAGCAGCAACACGUGCGCACGUGCAACUCGGGCAUGUACCAGCAGCUGUCCAUUGUCCUGGGGUAUCUGGUGCGGUUGCUGACGGGGCAAUCCACGUCGAUGGCGUCGGUGACCGGCUGGACAAGACGGCAGGAGGGCUUCGAGGCAAUGGCGCUGCAUCCGCAGUUCUUCUCGUCCCUGGUUUCGCUGCUGACGCCAACGGCCGGCACGCUGAUCAUCACGGUGCGCGACUAUUUCGCAUGGUACAUCACUCACGCACAGCUGCCGCAUCAGGCAAGCGAAAUCGGCGGGCCUGUCACGGUUAGCGGUGGCGCUGCCUGCUCGGGCGAGGUCACCCCAACCUCGGCAGCGGAGAGCGACGAGGAAGGCCCGUCAUCUGCGAAGAUGACGGCCUUGAACGGCACGCACGACGGCAGAGGCAGCGCUUUCGGCAGCUACAGUGUCAACGGUGGCGGGUCGGUGAAACUGAGUCAUGUGAAGGCAGCUCGCACACCCUCCCUGAAGCCCUCAACGGAGGGCAUGGCAAGGAUGCCCAUAACGGAAGGGAUCAGCGAUGUGGCGGCGACGAACACCCGAAACUUCAACAGUGAAUGA